AUGGUUGCUCCUCAAACAGAAGGAAAGCUCUCCAAGAGCUACGUCGACAUACUUAUCAUCGGCGCGGGGCCCGCGGGUGUUAUGGCUGCCAUGGCACUCCAUAAAGCUGGCGUCUCAGUGCGAAUUGUGGAUCAGAGGGACCAGAUACUAGAAGCAGGUCAUGCUGAUGGAAUACAGCCUCGUACGAUCGAGGUUAUGCAUAGCUACGGUCUGGGGCAUGAGAUGCUUAAUAGGGGCCACAUGCUUUCUCGCGCGGCAUUCUACGCUCCGGACCCCGACACUGGCACUAUAACUAUCAUUAACCAUCAAGGAGCCAUCGAAGGCGUUUUAGUUGAUGUCAUGCGAGCUGAUGGGCUCGAAGUUCAACGCUCUACUGCCCCGACCUCACUCGACACCGUCAAAGAGGAUGGAAAGCUCAAGGAACCACACGCUUAUGUGCAUGCUACCGUGUUGCGAACGGAGAGCAAACAGGUGUCUGCAACAACGGAGGUAGUGCACUCCAAGUUCGUUCUUGGUGGAGACGGCGCACACUCUUGGACCCGCAGCCAGCUGGGUAUCCAAAUGGAAGGGGAUUCCACUAAUGCUGUUUGGGGAGUCCUCGACUUCGAGGUUGAUACCGACUUCCCCGACAUCCGCAACCAAUGCUUCAUUCACUCCGAGUAUGGCGUCUUGAUGAUCAUCCCGCGCGAACAGAAUCUUGUGCGCUUUUAUAUCCAACAGUCACCCGCGGUGGUCGCCUCACUUAUCGACCCUGUUACCGGUCGCCUGGACCGGGACCGGAUGACGGUUUCGCUGCUGAUCGAGCAAGCCCGCAAGGUCCUCCCCAACUAUCGCGUCGAGAUCAAGAACAACAGGAUCACCUGGUGGACUGUUUAUGUCGUUGGUCAGCGAGUCGCUGAGCGGUUCUCAGUGAACAACCGUGCGUUCAUUGCUGGCGACGCGUGUCACACCCACUCUCCCAAAGCAGGGCAAGGUCUCAAUGCAAGCAUGAAUGACAGCCAUAACUUGGCAUGGAAACUGGCUUACGUUCUGCGGGGAUGGGCAGACCUGUCGCUGCUCUCUACUUACGAAAUGGAGCGCCGUGGAUACGCACAGGAGCUCAUCGCGUUCGACCGCAAGUUCUCCAAACUGUUCGACAAGCCCCGCUCGGGCGCGAACCUGGAGGGCGUUGACCCCGUCGCGUUCGAAGAAGCGCAGGGCACCCUAAGCGGCUUUACCUCCGGCAUCGGCAUUCGCUACACGUCUUCGCUCAUCGGGACCGAGCACCAGUCGCUCGCGCACAAGCUCGUCCUCGGCGAGCGGAUGCUCCCGCACUACUUCUGUCAAUCGGCGGAUGCGUCCCCAGUCGACGUCCACGACCUCCUUCCCUCGGACACGCGCUUCAAGAUCUUGGUUUUCGGAGGCGACGUUACUGUCAAGGAGGAGAGGGAGCAGCUGCAGGCGACCGCGGACGCGUUGGACCGGGGAUUCCUCCGCCGUCUCGGGCGCGGGGGGAUGAAACGGGGUCAGUGGGAGGUGUUCGAUGUGAUAUGCUUCACGUCGGCAAAGUUGGAAGAGCACGAGUACCUCGAUUUCCCUCAAUUCUUCCGCGAGGACUGGAAGAAGGUUCUCUCCGACGACGUGAACGUCGCCAUGGGUUAUGGGGGCGGUGGGUAUGAGCACUGCGGUAUCGACCCACACAAGGGCGCGAUUGUCGUCGUCCGGCCGGAUGGGUAUGUGAGCCAGAUCGCUCCGCUCGAUGGUGUCGCCAUCCUCGAUCGUUACUUCGACACUUUCCUCAUUUGA